AUGAGAUCUUAAAUUCUUAUUACUUUAGGAGUUCUAGCACUUAUUUCUACUACUGCCUAUCUUUUAACUGCUGCUAAUUAUGAAGAGAAAAAUUUAAGAGCUAAAGAUUGUGUUGAAUAUAAAUUGAGCCCAGAUAAUAUAGACACUAUUUUAAUUAACAAUUGCUCAACUCCUUAAAUAAUCAAUGUAGUUUACUAUAUCAGCCCUGGUAAAAAUAUGUCUGAAGGAACAAGGUGUUUAAAGUAAGGUGAAGAAGCUAUACUAAUAGGUGGAGAAUAUUAAAUUGUUGAAUUGGUUCAUGAAAAAUGCAAUCCAAUAAAUUGA